GCCCAGUACGAACGCGGUCAAUAACAACAUGGUGGAGUGACUGAACAAUUGUUCGACAGCACCAAGAUUUGUUCACUCUACCUGCUAAAGACAUGCAUGGAAGGAUCAAGGUGCGUACAACAGCUGAGCAAGCUGAAGCAAAGAGGAAAGAGAGAGAAAAGAAGCUAAAGAUCUAUAAAGAAACUACCAGCCACAUCUAUGAGAAGAGAAAGAAUGGAGAAAAAGACAAAGAGUCACUUUCUUUAACAGAACAAGUACUUGCAGCUAACCCAGACUUUUCUACUUUGUGGAACUUCAGAAGGGAGAUUUUCUUGUACAUGAAAAAUGAAAAUCCACCAGAUGUCAUGCAAGAAAUUUGCCAGAAGGAGCUGUUCUUUCUACAGAACUGUUUGCAAGUGAAUCCCAAAUCUUACAGUGUUUGGCACCACAGACAGUGGAUCAUGGAAUUUAUGCCGCAGCCUAACUGGAAGCAAGAGUUACAUCUUUGCAACAAGUUCCUCUCAUACGAUGAAAGAAACUUUCACUGCUGGGAUUACAGACGAAUCUCUGUCAAGAAAGCUGAGGUGGCUCCUGCUGAUGAAUUUGACUUUAGUACAGAGAAGAUCAAAGAAAACUUCUCAAACUAUUCCUCAUGGCAUUAUCGCAGCAAGCUUCUUCCACUGAUUCAUCCUGAUCAGAGUGGAGAUAAAGAAAGGGUGGAGGAAGGCGCACUUAUGAAAGAAUUUGAUCUUGCUCAAAAUGCAUUCUUCACUGAUCCUUAUGAUCAGAGUGCUUGGUUCUACCACAGAUGGCUUCUGGGAAGAGCCAGGCUGCAGAUGGAUAUAUUGUGCCUGUACAUGAGGUGUAAUGAUACUCUAAUAACAGUCAUUGUACAAUUUACUCAACCAGUCCAGGUACCUAAGGAAAAUCCACUUGUCUCUAUUGACUGUCGAGAGGUUACUGGAGAUUGGAAUAACUCUUUUCACAACAAUCAUCCUUCUACUGUUUGGAUUUUUAGCUGUAAUUACAAUUCUCUGAAUGCACCUGAUGAAACAACAAUUAAGGUGCAAUUUGUGGAUGGAAAACUGGAACGUAGUGUGGUGUUGCCUAAAGGUGAAUCAGAAGUGUGGUCCACUGCUAGCGAGCUACAUCUUUUUAGAGCAGAGCUGACUGCCGUUCAUAGUUCUGUUCUCCAACAAGAGUUAGAUUCUUGCCGACUUUUACUAGAAGAGGAACCAGACAACAAGUGGACAAUGUUAACAAUGGUGUUAUUGAUGCGUGCACUGGACCCACUGCUACAUGAAGAGGAAACAGAGUUGCAUCUAGAAAAACUGACACAGGUUGACAGCUACAGACAAGGUUACUACAAAGAUCUUAGAAGAAAAUUUAGAUUAGAAAACACCAUUGAGAGGCACCGCUCAAACAAGGCGGAAACGAAGAGGUCAAUUGAUUUAUCUAAAAUGGACUUGACGUCUCUAUCUCACAUGGAUCAGCUAGUGCUUAUGAAAGAAGUCAACUUAUCUCACAACAAACUAACUUCACUGGACGAGUGUAACAUGCUACAAUGCGUCAACAUCUUGGAUGUCAGUAAUAACAGUCUGCGGUGCAUCACUAAAAGGCAUGCGCUAAGACUUUGCUCUCUGGAAGAACUCUCCCUUUCUAAUAAUGAUAUUUCAGAUAUAGAUUGUUUGCAAAGUCUUCAACAUUGUACAUCGCUCAGGAAGCUCGAUUUACGCGGAAAUCCAUGUUGUCAGUUACCUGGUUACAAAGAAGCUGUGAAAUCGCUGUUAAAAAAUCUUCAAGAGUUGGAUGGUGAGAACAGUUGACGAAUCCUAACAGAGAACGCACAGAAUUUUACGAUUUUAGCGAAAACGCCGACGCGGUGAUCUGAGGCCCACAGGAACAAAAAAACUCUAAGAAAUGGCAACGAUUGCUGUCGAUAGACCAUUUUCGUUUUCUCGGUAUUGGACUGGAACUAGCUUGAAACUGAGGCUAACGCGGGGCAGUCUUUUCAAAUGCAAAUGACAUUAAUCUCUUUUUAAUGAUAUUCCCCCGUAUAAGCCUCAUUGCACGCUAAUUCCAGUCCAGUACCGAGAAUAGGAAAAUGGUCUAAUCAGGAUCUUAAAUGAAUACUAUAGCGCGUAAUUAAGAAAAAUAUUAGAAAAUAAAUGGAAAUCGUGACUUUUUUAAUUUUUGCGGAACACAUGGUACAAAAUGGACACAGUAAUAAAAGUUCUUUUUGGCUUUUAAGUUUUGCCUUUACAUAAAAUAGUGUAAAAGUAACAUAGCCCGGACAAUUGCAAAAGUGGUCUAAAUUCAUCUUUUUAAAUUUUUUAAACACGCCUGAGGGAGACAUGUGUACCGAUGUAUCGCUGAUGGCGACCACGCAACAAAUUUGGACUGUGGCUGUAAAACAAACGAAUUACAGUGCGGACUGGGAGAGGGUUGUGGUAAUUUAGAUAGGGUUAGAUAAUAAAUUCGCGGUGACGGAGAAAUAUAUAGGAUGAUACAGGGUAAGCAGGUGUAAACAGGCCGCGUAGCACCUACAUAAUAAUAUAUCAAACACGAAAGACCGUGUUUGACCACAUUUCCAGGCACCGAGAAAAGAGUUGAAAAUACAACGCGUAGCGGAGUAUUUUUGAAAAACUGAGAUUUACAAUGAAACGUUUCAGCGCUUUAAUGUACAUCCUUAUAAGGAAUUCAUUGAUGCACGAAGUAAACCUAAAUUAUAAUAAUGAUUUAAGAUUUUAAAACGCGCAGACAAGGCAGACUGAAGACCACAUUACAGGAUUCAAAGCAAUUCUAAAACGAAAAUUAGAAACAAAAAGAGCUUUGCCGGCAAAAAGAGAAAUUAUUUUAAAAGGUUGGAAGUUAGGUCUUUGCUUAGAAUUGUUAUUGGGCUUUUAUAUUUUUUACAUGCGCUAUAACUGUUAGCCUGGCAAGCAUCAAGACAGAUAACCUUCUAUUAAAUAUACAUGUCAAUAAAACACAACACGGAGGGCUGAAGUUAAUUAUCCAAUCGGAACGCUUCAUUACCGUUCCCUUAUUAGACCGGAUAAGUAUCUAUUAAAAUAAGAGAUUUAUUAAACGACUUUUUAAAACUUGGUUAAAACCAAGAUUGCUCUUGACCGGACGAUAAGAACAUUAAUGUUUCCAUCGCUGGAAGACUUCAGAGCCGAUAUUUUCUAAAUGUGAGGAAUUUUUACAGAGCAGCUUCCUGUAAUAUUUAUAUGUUCUUCAGUGAGCCCAGUUUUGCGUGUUUUGAACUCUUAAAUUAACUAAAUUCUAAUUUUAGCUUACUACGUGUAUCAAUUGACUCACGUAUCGACCCAUCGUUUAGUUGAGCACUUAAAUCCACGGUGAGCGAUGAAAGCCAAUAGCCGAAAAGUGCAGCUAAUUUCCUUAACUUUUAAUUGCGUAAUCGGUGUGUCCGAUUCGCUCAUCUCGAGGACGUAAAUCAAAGAUCAAGGAGCAGAAAAGUCCGUUAGAUGAUUAAUGGAAUCGAAAGAGUUUGUGACGGAAUAGCUUUUACAUGUAGUACCUUCGGUACUCUUUUUGCAAAAGUUGCCAAAGAAAACCAAUUCAAUCCCGGAAG